CGUCCAAUGAGAGCGCAGGGAGUGUCAAGCUUCUGAAUCCCGCAUGAUUUGAAUCGCCAUACAUUCUCCUCCAAUCCUCCAUGCUGACCGGGCGUGUAAAACAUAUAGCUGCACAUUUUGCUGAUCAGAUCGUUUUUCUCUAAGGACUACCCACAGGACAUUUUUGUAGACCAUCCAUUCGAAUCCCAAAACACAUCAUGCCUUCUGAAGAACACCAGCGCAUCAAGACCUACAAGAAUAAGGGCCGAGAUGCAGAUGAAAUGCGAAGGCGGAGAAAUCAAGUUUCGGUUGAACUUCGGAAGGCCAAGAAGGAUGAUCAGCUGCUGAAACGUAGAAAUGUAGCAAUAUUGGAAGAGCCCACCAGUCCCCUGCAGGAGAGGAACAAGCAACAGCCCACACUGACUAUACAGGACAUAAUCAGUGGAGUCAACAGCAAUGACCCAGCCACACAACAGACAGCCACUCAGGGAGCCAGAAGACUCCUGUCAAAAGAACGUAACCCUCCCAUCAAUGAAAUUAUCAACACUGGUACUGUUGUCCCAAGACUAGUGGAGUUCCUGUCAUACAAUGACCGGCCUGAUGUUCAGUUUGAGGCUGCCUGGGCCCUGACCAACAUUGCGUCUGGAACCAGCGACCAAACCAAGGUUGUGGUGAAGGCAGGAGCUGUGCCCCACUUCAUCAAGCUUCUCGAUUCACAGCACCAGAAUGUGUGUGAGCAGGCUGUGUGGGCACUUGGAAACAUUGCUGGUGAUGGUCCUGAACUGCGAGACCAUGUGACAGAUGCUGGAAUUGUGGAACCCUUGCUCAGAUUGGUCAAAACUGAUGUACCUUCUGGAUUCCUCAGGAAUGUCACAUGGACAAUAUCAAAUCUGUGCAGGAACAAGAAUCCCCCUCCCAAGUUCAAGGUUGUACGCCAGUGUUUGCCCACACUUUCUCGUCUGUUAUAUCAUAAUGACCGUGAGGUGCUUGCUGACACGUGCUGGGCAAUCUCCUACCUCACAGAUGGAACCAAUGACAAGAUUCAGGAGGUGGUUGACGCAGGUGUUGUGCCACGUUUGGUGGAGCUGCUGGGAUGUGUAGAUCAAGUGUCAGUCCUCACCCCUGCCCUCAGAUCUGUUGGCAACAUAGUCACAGGGGAUGAUUCACAAACACAGGCAGUACUUGAUGCGGGUGCCCUGAAUGGCUUUGAAAGGUUGCUGACACAUGCCAAGAUCAACAUUCAGAAAGAGGCAGCAUGGACACUGUCUAAUGUAACAGCCGGCAACCCCAACCAAAUCCAAGCUGUCAUUGACAAGAACCUGAUACCACCUGUUGUCAGCAUCCUGGAAAAGGGAGACUUCAAAAGCCAGAAGGAGGCUGUGUGGGCUAUCACUAACUUGACGUCCGGUGGCACAGUGGAGCAGAUUGCCUACCUCGUCCAGGGAGGCAUUGUCAAACCCCUGUGUGAUCUCCUCAAUGUGAAAGAAGCCAAGGUGGUGCUUGUCAUUCUAGAUGCAAUACAGAAUAUAAUUACGGCAGCAGAGAAGAUCAACCAGCAUGAGGCUGUCACCAUGAUGAUUGAGGAGGUCGGUGGUGUCGAUAAGAUUGAACAGUUACAGAACCAUGAAAAUGAACAAGUCUACAAUGUUGCACUCUAUAUCAUUGAAAAAUACUUUGGAGAAGAGGAGGAGGAUGAGAAUGUUGCCCCUGCUGAGACAAACGACAACAUGUACCAGUUCAACGCAGCAGCAUCAGUACCAGCACAAGGAUUCUCAUUCUAGACAACGAUGAUACAGAGGAACCUCUUCAGACACAUGCUCACUGACAAACUCAGAACUGUUAUCUGUGUUGAAUACAUGCUGGUUUUAUUCAUGUUGAACUGUAGACAUGGAUGUUACCUUGUUGGUAACUAGUGCUAUGACGUGUGUAUUGUGCAAUACAGCAAAUUUGUCAAUUGUAUUGCUUUUUGUGCUUUUCAGGCGUCUUGUUGAAACAUUUACAACGUGAGAUAGCUCAACUUUGUAUGAAUCAUUGAUCUGUGAAACUGGAGACAACCUGACGUAACAUUCUGAAGAUUUAUAUUGACUGUACAUACUUAUAUUGCUGACAUUUCUUUUUGCAUACACCAUUUCCCCCACCAACAUAUCAUGGGCUGCAAGCUAAUCUACACUGCAGCACAUGCCAUGCACCUUCCUAUGGCUGGUCACUUCAUGUGAUUCUUUGAUCUUUAUCAUGUUUCUUGAAAUAUGUCAAUUCAAUCAUUCCUGAUCCUUUAUCUGAUUGUCCAUGGAAAAGUUACAUUGUUUGUAUUGAAGACACUGAAGUUGAAUGUAAUUUUGACUAGCCAUCAACGUACAUACAACAUGGUCAUCUUUUUAGAAAAAUUUCUACACUCACAUCUUGAAAUCUUGACUCAUUCUGCAUGUCCUCAUUAAAUACACCUCAAUCA